GGAGUCCCACAUCUCCAAUGAUUUUACAAUACACUAAUAGAUCUUCUCAAUUGAUUUUUUUAGAUGAAAAUAGGAAAUCCAAUCGAACGUAAAUUAGUUGACAAUGGAGUAUAGCCACAUAUAGACAGUUCACCACAUGCUUAUCACGUUCAAAAGCCCAUAAUUGCCUAGCAAUUUCUCAAAACAGAGUCCCCAUUAAUUCAAACUCCGGUUCUGAGAAGAUUCUUUCAUGUUCUUCAAAUGACAAAGUGUUUAUUCUUCAGUAUCACAGAGACCAAAAAUUGGUUCCAUCGUUAUAGCUUCACCAAAUCCGGCCUCCGAUCCACCAUUACAGAUCUCAAAGACGGCACCACAGUUCAUUGUUGGGUUCCAAAAAACCCAAUUCGCACCAAACCCAAUCUCCUUUUAAUCCAUGGCAUUGGAGCCAAUGCACUUUGGCAAUGGGGUGAUUUCAUUCCAGCCCUCAUACCUUAUUUCAAUCUCUACAUCCCUGAUUUGAUCUUCUUCGGCGACUCGUUUACCACUCAGCCAGACCGGACCGAGUGGUUUCAAGCUCAGUGUCUAAUACGAGUCAUGGAGGCUCACACGGUGGGUAAAUUCAGUUUGGUGGGGCUUAGUUAUGGAGGAUUUGUUGGGUACAGCAUCGCGGCGCUGCGGCCUGAAAUGGUGGAGAGAGUAGUGAUUUGUUGUUCUGGGGUUUGUGUGGAAGAGAAAGAUUUUAAAGAUGGGUUGUUGAAAGUUUCUGAUUUGGAGGAGGCUACAGCCAUUUUGGUUCCCCAAAAGCCAGAGAAGCUUAAACAGCUAGUGGGUUAUUCGUUUUUCCGGCCGCCGCCGUUGCGUCUGCUGCCGUCUUGUUUGCUCAAUGAUUUCAUUGAAUCAAUGUGUUUAGAUCAUAUCGAGGAAAAGAGAGAGUUGAUUCGAACUAUUCCCAGAGGAAGAAAGCUUUCAGACCUUCCAAAGAUUCAACAGCGGACGUUGAUAAUGUGGGGAGAACAUGAUCAAGUAUUUCCAGUAGAAUUGGGUCACAGAUUGAAAAGGCAUUUGGGGGACAAUGCUACGCUUGUUGUUAUCAAGAAUACAGGCCAUGCCUUCAACUCAGAGGAGCCAAAGGAGUUUCUCAACCAUUUGAUUUCUUUCCUAGUUGAUCCAUAGCCUCCUCUCCUCAUCGCUCAAUGAACGUCAAGCAGUUGCACGAACAACAUCAAAAGCUUGACUGAUCUAACCGCCGUUUAUAGUACAAUAACUAACAAGAGAAGAAAUAUACCUCAACCAUUGCUCAAUUGGUUCAUUCGGCCAAAUCUAAUGUUGAAAAUACAUUCAAACAAUAAAUUUCUUACAGGAAUUUUGCCAUUUUGACACUUUAUUCCGAGUUCUAGAUUCAGAAAUCUUUUACCAUAAAUUCUGUGUCCCCAAGUACUCCUCAACUAACAAGAUUUCUGGUGUACUUUCUUGUUUUAUUAUUUACUACAUCAAGUCUUUCAAUUUCUGGCAGCAAUUCCAUCUGAUGACCAAUGUAAAUAAUAUGAAAUAGUUAAACAACGAGUUCUACAA